UAGCGAGUGGGCUGGACUACGGAAGCCCGUUGGAGAGGGUUAUGAAACCAGGAAGACGCGAGCUACAGGGACGCAUGAGCUUCAUCAAGCAGUUAAAUUCUCGUUUUUGCAAAGGACUGCAACAAUGAACAGAAACACCGUCAGGUUUUUAUAAGAUUGAGAUUCAUCGUGAUUAUAUCCGGGGUUUCUGUGUUAACUUUUUCGACAGCUCUCCUCGGACACUUUAACAUUAAGUGUUCCUCCACACAGCAAGGUCAACAUUGGUAGAUGUGGUGCUGAGCCCUCAGCACGUGUGACUGUUGUAAGGUUACAUUAAACCGCUUAAAAGGGUUCAGACCGCACUUGAAGUUAAAUUAGAAGAUGGCCGGACUCAUAAACUUUGAAGACGAAAAAGAGGUGAAACAAUUUUUGGACAACUUGGGGGUGGAGUACAGCUACCAGUGUUACCGAGAGAAGGAUCCUGAAGGAUGCCAAAGGCUAGCUGACUACUUGGAGGGGGUGAAGAAAAACUAUGAAUCCACGGCACAAGUGCUCAAACAUAACUGUGAAACACACGGACAUGGAGAGAGCUGCUAUAAAUUGGGGGCUUACCAUGUCACAGGCAAAGGUGGGGUGACUGAAUGUUUGAAAACGGCUUACUCCUGCUUUAUGCGCUCCUGCAACGCCGGGGGAAAGAAGUCUAUCGAUGCCUGCCAUAAUAUCGGUCUGUUGGCCCACGAUGGACGGGCCAUGGACGGAGGACCCGAUGCGACAAUAGCCCGGCAGUACUAUGAGAAGGCAUGCGCCAGUGGUUUUGCCCCUUCGUGUUUUAACCUCAGUGCUUUGUUCAUUCAAGGCAAUGCCAAAGGGCUGCCGCCAGAUAUGACUCUGGCCUUGAAGUACGCCAACAGGGCCUGUGAGCUGGGACAUGUGUGGGGCUGUGCCAAUGCAAGUCGCAUGUACAAACUCGGGGAUGGUACAGAGAAGGAUGAAAAGAAAGCAGAGGAGCUGAAGAACAGAGCGAGAGAGCUGCAUGGUUUGGAGAAAGAAAGGCAGCUCAAGUUUGGGGAAUGAUUACAGUUGCAGCUGAGUAAAUCUUCAUGGUCUUGAUUUUAUCAUCAGAUGUGGUGGCCUAGUUGUUUGCCAGAUUGUUUGUUAAAAAACCCUAUACGUAUAGUCAGACAGUAUCUGUUCAGUGUCAGCACAUGGCUGAUUUAAGAUAUGAGGUGUUUUAUUAGUUUAUAAAAGAGUAGUUAAAACUAUUUUCUCUACCUCAACUACAGUUUACACACAACAAUUCAAUGAGGCAUUACAGCCCGACUACUUCUAUGAGCAGAAUUUCAGUCAAACGUGUUCGAAAAUGCAAAUCUAAUAAAAUCAGGAUGCA